GCGUUCGCCCGGUUGGAGCAUUCAUUGUGAAAUUGCCAAUCAAAAUUGAAACAGCGGGAAAAAACGGUUGAGAGCGGAUCGCAAAGCGUGCCACAGACAAAACGUGAAAAGAAUUUCAUAAUCAAAAGUUAAUCCAAACGCUAAAACAAGCAACAGCAAAAACAAUAAGUGCGAGCCAGUGACAAGCCAAAAACCAAAAGUCGAAAAGAGACUACUACUAACUGCGAAAAAGCAAACAGCAAAAGCAAAAACCCAAAGUGCAAACAGAGCCAGCAAAAAUAGCUCAAGUGCCGCCAAGCCGCAAGAUAAUUUCACCAGAGCAAGAACUGCAGCAGCCACUGGAAUACCUGAGCAACAUGGUCGUUGAGGAGAACUGCACAAUGCACCACCUGGAAAUGGAGCUGGACAUGGAUCUGCCCAUGGAGUGUGCCCCCAUUGGGCGCACCGUUAAAUCGGCCCUUCUCAGGGCCCAGGACGAGUCUCGUGUGAUCGUGGGACUGUCGGCCGCCAUCAAUGUGCUGUCCAAGUCGCCGGAUGGUUCGCUCUUCUGCCUAAUGGCAGUGCCCAAGGACGGAGACUCCGCCACCCACAUGCACGAGGUGCUGUUGGAGGCCUUCUGCUACGAGAACGACAUCUACGUCAUUAAGGUGGACGACGCCACCAAGCUGAGCCGCAUCCUGGGCCAGGAGACAGUCGAGUCGUGCUGCCUGGUGCAGAAGACCUGGACGGCCGACCAGGACGAGGAGCGCCUCAACAAGGCGGAGAACCAACUUGUUGAUUACUGCGAGGCCCAUUGGGAUGCCCCCAAGCAGCCCACUGUGCAGCUGCCGGCCGUGUAGGCAGUGUGAGCGGGACAGCCACAUUAUUGAACAGUGAAAACCCCCGAUGACAGUGGGGCAAUCUUGGUUUAAAUUGAGAGAAACUUGCAAGGAGCGAAAGCCAGUAACCAGUUAGAGGUUGAUGUACUCCAACGUCUUGGAGAGUUCCCAAGGGAAACCGACGUUUGGGCUGCCACAGCCACAUACUUACUUGUACAUACACACAUAUAUAUAUCAGCCGUAUACAUAGGAUAUAUAUAUAGUCCUACAUAACUGUACAGAGAGGAGGAUUGCCGAGCUACUUGCCAGAUAAUUGGAACUGAAAGGUGACCUUCGAUGGGCCGGGUAGAACCUGCCUCUGAACACCCGCGGAAGUCGCUCUCUCAGUCCCUCUUCCCCUGGGCCGCAACAGAAGCGGCAGCGGCAGCAGCAGCAGCAGCAGUAAUUUCGCAACACUCAUACACUCACACACAAAAGCGCGUGACCAGCUGCCGCUUAAACAUACAUAUGUAUACACAAGCAGCCACAUACAAAUACCUGCACUCAAUAUAUUGCAUGAAAUUUGUAUUUGUUGAA